AUGAGAUCUUGUAAGUACUCGCAUGACAUCAUCAGUGCUGAGAACAAAAAAAUCCUUAAGACCCAUGAGUUGUCUUGCCUCGAUGAGAAUGAGCUGCGAGUCCUGCUUCUCCAAAAUGACCCUUUCUUCCUCCCUGAUGUCUGCCAAUUUUACAACAGAAAGGAUGAUGCCUGCAGCCAGCAAACCAACUGCCACAAGCUUCAUAUUUGUCGACACUUUCUCCAAGGGGAAUGUAGAUUUUUUCCAUGCAAGAGGUCCCACAACCUCUUGGAUACCCAUGCAUUGAGAGUGUUGGAAUCUGGAGGCAUCGAUGCGAGCGUAGCUUCAAACAUCCAGACUAUAUAUGAUCACAAGCAUGUGGAAUUCAACAAGGAAUUGAAGAAGGGGAAAAGUUACAAACCAAGAGAAAAUAUAGUGAAAAAAACGGCAGAUAGAAGGAGUAAAGAACUGAGGAUACCUUUGCAAACAGUAGGCUCCACACUGCAUAUAUCACCUUCAGAAUUGCUGUUCAUUCAGUCUUCUCAUGCAGGUCCCAGUAGCAAUGUACCUGGUCAGAGCCAACAUCAGUUGCCAACAGAAGCUGGAAAUAAAGAUGAAGAUAAAAAAGACAAUUCCCCUGCUAAAGCUUUGAAAGAUAACAAAGAAGAUAACUGUGAUGAGAUAUGCGUGUUCCAUGUCUGGAAGUACUGCAAACAUAAAGAUAAAUGCAGAUUUGUUCAUUACCAUUUGCCAUAUCGAUGGCAGGUAUAUAGCGGGAUCACCUGGAAUGACCUUUCCAUGAUGGAGGAAAUUGAAAAGGCCUAUUGUGAUCCAAAAAACAACAGCAUAGCAGAAAAGAACAUUAAUUUUCAGACAAUGACCUGCGGUUCUUCUUCAGUUCGACGUCUCUCUACACCAUCAUCAGUCACAAAACCCACAUUUGUGUUGACUACACAGUGGAUUUGGUAUUGGAAGAAUGACCAAGGCCAGUGGAUUGAAUAUGGAGAACAGGGAGAAGGAAAUAGUGUGAACUCACCAUCUUCUGCAAUUAUUGAGAAUUUGUAUCUAGCAGAUCCAGAUGCCACCAUACCUUUUCAGGCUGGCUUGCAUAAUUACCAGCUCAAUUUUAAAGAAAUGACCCAGACAAACAUCUCUUAUAAAACUCAAAGACGAGUCUGCAGACGACCAAAGUUUGUGUCUUCUGAAGAAGUGCAGAAGAUAAAGAAAGGCCAGAGGGAUUCUUCUAUUCCAAAUCAAGCCUGUCCUAUCCACUGGGAUCAAUCUGCAUUACCUGACUGGGGAUACAAGGCAGUGGAGCUCAGUAAUACAACCUCCGAAUACAACACAAUAAAGCAGCUGUUUCAACAGACUAUGAAAGGCUACAGUGUCCUUAAAAUACAGAGGAUUCAGAAUCCAUCCCUCUGGAAAGUGUUUCAAUGGCAAAAGGAGCAGAUGAAAAGGGAAAAUGGAGGGAAGGAAGUAAAUGAAAAGUUGCUGUUCCAUGGAACCCAGAUGUCCUUCAUGGAAGCCAUCUGCCAUUACAACUUUGACUGGAGAGUUUGUGGAAGCAAUGGAACUAAAUAUGGAAACGGAAGUUACUUUGCUAGAGAUGCUUCCUAUUCCCAUCCAUACUGUCAGCCUGAAGCAAAAACAAAAGUCAUGUUCGUGGCUCGUGUGUUGGUUGGAGAUUAUGUUAAAGGGAAUGAAGCCUAUGUUCGCCCCCCACCAAAGUCUUUUGGUGGGCUUCAGUUUUAUGACAGCUGUGUGGAUGAUGAAUUAAAUCCCUCAAUUUUUGUUGUCUUUGAAAAACACCAGAUUUACCCAGAGUAUAUGAUAGACUAUAAGGAGGAAGUAAAAUGUAUUAUAUCUUAG